GCAGAAACUGCCAAAAAAGCAAAUGGCGGUUCAGUUUCCCUCCCUUUUCAAAAUUCCUCCAAUAAACAAACUCCUUUUUCGUUUUCCCUCUUCUUUUCCGAGCCCUAAAAUCUUCUAAAUUUCUUUCUUCGAAUUUUCAAAAAUCAAAUUCUGCCUUAUUUUGGAGCCUAACCAUCAGAAGUCAGCUUUACCAAUUCACACACUUUAGUUAUCGUAAUCUUCUUCCUCUUCGCAAAUUCAUCAUACUCAUACCCACCAUUUUCAUUGUUGAAUGCUUUACGGAUACUGACACAUUACCUUCAUCUUAGAUAAUCCCUUCUAAGCAGCAAUAUAUAUAGGGGUGUUCCUCAAUUUCUUCCAUAAUGGCUAUUUCAAGCUAAAAUGUUGGUGGGUCUCCGCUAUCUUCGCAUACUGAAACCCUAAAGUGUCAACCUCUGGUUGUUUCGCCGUCAAUUCCUUUCGGGUCUUCAUCGUCACUACCGUUUGAGACUGUAGAUACUGAAUCUAUGGACCGUUCAACAUCAAAUCCUAAUGGGUCUUCAUUAAUUUCAACCAUUAUAUCUGAUUCUGUCAAAACCCUAGAGGGGUCUUUACAAUCUGCACAUAGUGAAGUCCAAGCUGAUCGGUUUCACUUUUCUCGGUCAUCAAAUCCAAAUAAGUCUUCAGUAAUUUCAAUUACCCCUUGCAACCAGUUGUUGGUUCCUUCAAUGUCAGAUGGAUCACAUGGUCAUGUGCUACAUGACCAACCUUUUGUUUCUACACAUAUUGAAUCCUUAUUACCUUCACCAAAGGAAUCUCAAGUUGACCAGUGUUUGGUCCCAGUAACAGUCGAUCCACGCCCAAGAGUAACCCCGCAUGACGACGACAAUUAUGAUGACCAUAAGUCACCUACGCAAAUAGAGUCCGCGGGAGGCCCUUCAAGUUCAUUAGGCUCAAGGCAUCUUGAUGAUGAGCAUAAUGAAGAUGAUUAUAAUCAAGUCAAUUUUGAGAAAGACGGACUCUCUGAGCCCCCAUGUAGCAAUCGUGAUGAUUCUUGCAACUGUUAUGAAUCAUCCAAUGAAUCUCACGGACAUCGUUAUGGGGUGUGUGGUCAGAGUCGCGGGUUCCAGUUUCGUUCACGGUGGAAUGGUCCAUGGCAUCAUUCAAGAGACCGCCAGUGGUGUCGCAGAGAAAACAGAGACGAUAUGCCUCUGGAUUUCUCGCUUCCUAUGAAGGAAACUGUAGUUACUGGGGUGGGUGCUGGGCUUUCUAAUCUUGGGAACACAUGCUUUAUUAAUGCAAUCCUGCAAUGCUUUACACAUACUGUGUCAUUUGUUAAGGCUCUUCACUCUUGCAAUCAUUUAGUGCCUUGCCAGCGUGCUAUUGAUGGAUUCUGUGUUGUUUGUACUCUUCGUAAUCACAUUGAAGUUUCCUUAGCCUCUUCAGGAAAGAUUAUAUCACCUUCAGAAGUUGUUGAUAAUUUGAACUACAUUUCAUCUUGUUUUUAUAGGUACCAGCAGGAAGAUGCUCACGAAUUCCUUCAAUGCUUAUUAGAUAAAAUUGAAUGCUGUCUGAUUUCAGACCUAAAUAGUGAGACCUCAUCUUUUGAAAAUGAUAACAUAGUGAAGCACGUAUUUGGGGGUCGUCUUGUAAGCAAACUUCUAUGCUGCACUUGUGGCCACUCUUCUGAUAAAUAUGAACCCUUUCUCGACCUGAGUUUGGAGAUUGAGGAUGUUCAAACUCUUCAAGAUGCUCUAGAAUCCUUCACCAAGGUGGAGAAAAUUGAAGAUUCUGAUGCAAAGUUUAGAUGUGACAACUGCAAGAAGGAAGUUUCUAUGGAGAAGCAACUGAUGGUGGAUCAAGCUCCUUCAGUUGCUACUUUGCAUUUAAAGAGAUUCAAGACAGAUGGGUCCUCCAUUGAGAAGAUUGGCAAGCAUGUAGAGUUUCCAUUAGAUUUGGACUUGAAACUCUACAAUACCAUCAGUCAAGAAAGUAAUGACAGUCAGGCAAAUUUGAAGUAUCACCUUUAUGCAGUUGUGGUGCAUAAUGGAUUUCUACCCACUUCUGGUCAUUACUUUUGCUACAUACGGUCCUCUCCUGACACUUGGCAUAAGCUAGACGACUCAUUGGUAAUUAAGGUUGGUGAAGAGGUGGUGCUAUCUGAAGCUGCCUACAUUUUGCUUUAUGCCAGAGAGGGUACUGCCUGGUUUUCCAGUUUGAUAGAAUCACAAAAGAAUUGCUUGGACCAUAGCAUUUCAAAUACAUCGCCUAAAUCAGUUCUGGAUAGCAUGGAUACUGAAUGUACUGCAUAUACUAAUUUGGCAAAUAUUGAUCACUGCAAAGCCAGUGCCACUGUAGGUGAUGUUGAGGAGGCUUCAACCCACUUUCCUUGUGUAACAGUUCUUGAAGCAGAUCAGGUUAAUGAUAAAGGGAAUGCUGCUAAAGGACUUUCUCCUCACAUUAAUGAAGCAGGGAAUGGUACUGGGGCAAUUUCUGCUCAUAUUUCUUGUGGACCUACACAGAGGGGACUGAAAUCAUGCUGUGAUAAUAAGUCUAGGGUUGGUAUCCCAGUCGAUGAUGUUUCUGUUUCACUUGGGGCUAUGGGUUGUCCAGAUGGAACUUUGCUUCAUGACGAAAUGGGUGCUUUGGCUUGUAUUGAUGGAAAUAACUGUGCCCAGGCUGCUAACAGAAAUGAAAGAAAUGGUCUUCAUCCUCUGACACCGCCCAGAUCAAAAAGUCCAGCAGCAACACAUCAUAUCCGGCGAGAUCAUCUGAAAGGGGAGAAUUCAGUGAACAGUAAAAGAUCAACAAGGGCCGCUAAUGAUCAGAGAAUGGAAGCUGUGAGAUUAACUAGGAGUAUGCCAAGCGCAAGGAAAAUCAAACUUUUGGCUGCAAUGAAUCCUCAAAUUCACAAGAAAAGAAGAUUAUCAUCUUCUCCAUGUAAACAGGCCAGUCCUUCAGUUUCUCACUGUAAGCUCAAUCAUCGUUUAGCAGCUUUGCGUUGAAGAGGUAUAGUUAAGAUUAACUUAAGCAGUUAUUGGUCAGCACAGAAUGAACAGUUGAAUGCAAAGUUUUUUGGCUGUAACUUUGGAAUAUGUAAAGUUAAUUUUGAGUGUUCAUUUAGAUCAUUUGACUAAUUGUCUUUGGAAAAUUGAAUAAGGAGAGAUUGUCUUUCCAUUA